UUCGCACUUCUCUUUUUAACUAGGCGCACUGCGCUUUUACGCACGACUCCACUGACUUUCUGUAGCAGUGCAGAGUGUCAUGAGGACCGUCAGUGUAUGAGCGACAAGCUGCCAUCUCUGCACGAUGAUGAUCCUCCUGCCUGCUCUGUUAAUUCUUUGGGGAGAAGCGGCUCAGUGCCUGGAGGAGGAUGGAAGAUUUAACUUAAAGGGAGACCUCCGUCACUUCGCCGUGGCGAAUGGCACGGUUUACAUCGCUACUGAGGAGAUGCUGUACCAACUAAACCACGACCUGACUCUGGUCCGGAGUCUGAGCCAGAGAGGAUUCUUGGCACACAUUCCUGGCACAUCUGAGCUAAAGUUAACCCGAUCUUCUGAUAAGGGGAACGUUACGUUCAGUGUCAACCUGUUAUUGCCGCAUGUUGCAGACGAAAAUGUGAUAGUUUGCGGUGUUAUUGAUAAGGGGUGCGGUUAUUGUGAACUGUUGAACUUCAAGAACAUUGCCAAUGUGCUGUACUGGGAAGAAAUCGAAGUAGGUUCUUUGUGGCGCAGCAGUGCGUCCGUGAGCCUCCUGGUGAGUGUGGAGACUCGGACCCGGGCAGAGACUUACAUUCUCACCGCCGUGCAGCAAUACAAGAAAGAGCCGACAAAGACAGGCUGCCCACCUUUGUCAGAUGCAGUGAACCUUUGGAACACGAAUAACAAUCAACCAGGACUAAUAUUUUCUAUUAAUAGCGAAGACAUGGAUCCUGCGAUCACACGGGAAGACGAUGUGGAGUUUGUGGAUGGAUUUCAGAUUAAUUCCAUCAUCUAUCUUUUCUCCAAUCUGCCCUCAAAAGACAGAAACAACAAAGUCCGUCUCCUUUGGCUUGAAGGCAAAGAAGGCAAAUAUCAGACUCUGAAGUCGCUCCGGGGCGCAACUCUCAGAGUCUCUGAUGGAGAGAAAGGACUCAGACUGAUCGCCUCCUCGGUGAUCCCGGGCGGUCCGCCGGUGCUCUGGUGCGGCGUGUUCAGUGUGGACGGAGGACAAACCAACACCGAGCUGGUGCUGUUCGACAUCAGCCCUGACCUCACCAGAGAGCAAGAUAUGGACCCGGACUUCUGCUCUGACUGUGGUGAUAAGAAAGAGGAUGAGCCAAAGACACUGAAGCCGAAGAAGGUGAUCUUCAAGCAGAACUACAUGACUUCUGUGCUGGCGGUGAGACAGAAAAACUGGAUGGUUUUCUUCAUCGGGACGGGAGAUGGGCAGCUCAUUAAGCUUGCUGUGGACAAGAAGUACCAGACCACAUGUUCCAGAGUGCUCUACAAAACCAGUGACGACCGCAAAGUGUUUCAGACAUUACAUCUAGAUCAGGUGGAUCUUAAACAUGUGUACGUGCCAUUUCAAAACCAGAUAAAUCGUGUUCCAGUGUCAAAGUGCAGCACUUACAAAACAUUGCAGGAGUGUUGGUCUGCGCAGGAUCCGUACUGUGUUUGGUGCGGAUCUGAAAAAAGCUGUACGUUUGAAGAUGACUGCAAAGACUCAGACUGGCUGUCCAUUCCUGAUGAUUCUCAACAGAAGAUGGUUUCAUACAAAGUUGCACAGGAAAACACUGGACAGGUGCAGGCUAUAUACAAGUUUUGA